CUUCCCAGCAAAAUGAAGCAAUAUGCCUCCCUCGGCAGAUGAGAAGAAAGAAAAGCAGGCUGCGGCCCAACAAGCUGUUGACAUUCUCCAUGAAAUUUCCACCAUCCUAAACUGCCAGCUUGAUCGCCGUACCCUCUCCAUCUGCAUCUCCAUGAUCGAGAACGGCGUCAACCCCGAGGCCCUCGCGCGUAGACCGUCAUCAAGGAGUUGAGGAAAGAGGCUCAAGAGGCGGAGCUGGAUAUGAGGGCGCGGAGGCGCUAGGUCCCCAUGCAUACUCAUGCUUGUUGUAUCCAUCCUCCGUCGAUCUUCUUACGUAUGGACAGGUUUCGUUGCUUGCCGCCAAUAGCGACUCCGCAGGACAGUGUCUGGUUUUCCAGUGGACAGAGAGGAGUCGCUUAUGGGAAACGUGGAUCCGCUCAGCUUUCAUGAGAUGGAUAUCCCCAUUCAACCAUCUAUGUGAGAAAAACACUGCCCGGUGGACUCACCCGGAGUCGCACCUCCCUCCGUGUGUCUCGCGACUUGGAGCAUCGAAAGCACACCCACUAUGGCCCCAACACUCGGCCUUCUGACGAUUUCCGUCCCACUGGCACAAGCAUAUAAACCGAAGAUCGAGAACGAACACCUGUACUGAUCAGUAGCUAAUCCUACUCCUUUGCCUUAACCCUGUACCAUAAGCCCAAGUAAGGAAUCUAGUCC